GCGGAGUUGAGUUCCGGUCUGUUCGCACUCUGACCGACAAGUGCAGCUACUUCCGCCUUCAGCCGCGUCUCAUCACACAGAGAAAUGACGGCUACCUUGCGUCCGUAUCUCAAUGCAGUUCGUGCCACCUUGCAGGCCGCACUAUGCCUGGAGAACUUCUCCUCGCAAGUGGUGGAGAGACACAACAAGCCAGAGGUGGAAGUGCGAAGUAGUAAAGAGUUGCUCCUCCAGCCUGUGAUCAUCAGCCGCAACGACAAGGAGAAAGUUCUGAUCGAGGGCUCCGUCAACUCGGUCCGAGUCAGCAUCGCUGUCAAGCAGGCAGAUGAGAUCGAGAAGAUUCUGUGCCAUAAAUUCAUGCGUUUCAUGAUGAUGAGAGCUGAGAAUUUCUUCAUCCUGAGGAGGAAACCAGUGGAGGGCUAUGACAUCAGCUUCCUCAUCACCAACUUUCACACAGAGCAGAUGUACAAACACAAACUGGUGGACUAUGUCAUUCAUUUCAUGGAGGAAAUUGACAAAGAGAUCAGUGAGAUGAAGCUGUCCGUCAACGCCAGGGCUCGUAUUGUUGCUGAGGAGUUCCUCAAAAAUUUCUGAAAGAGAGAGAACACCGGGGAAUACAUUUCGUUUGCAAGGUUGGCCGUCACCAUGGAGCUUCCACAUCCCAGAGAGGAGGAAACCGGUCAGCCGAGUCGAGAAACAUAAGACACAAAUGGGAUUAAAUGUAAAAAUGCCCUUUUGCUCAAAAACAUAGAUUUUUGUACAUAAUCAGAUUUUCAUCAUUUAGAACAUUAGAAGUCAGGGCAAGUCCGUAAAAAACUAUUUGUUAUCAAUAUUUACGAGCACAGGGUAAAAUGGAUUUCAUUUAAAAAAAUGUUUAUUUAUAUAUAUAUAUAUGAACAUCAAUUUAAUUUAGCUAUGUUUUGUUAUGACUGACUUUAAACAACGAGGGCAAUCAAUUGGUGCAUGUUUCUUGUAUUAGUCCAAAAGUCCACAGAAUACAUCCUAUUGUAGAUGGAAAUAAUAAAAAUAAAUAUACUUGCUUAAAGUUAAGAUAAAUAAAAAACAUUAUUCUUUGUA